CUUGGUUCAUCCCUGUACGUAUCCAGCCUCUCUCUCUCUGUCUGUCUGUCUGUCGGUGACCAUCUUGUUUGGAUUUGGAUUUCGCCUCUGUCUGCCACAUGUCUGGUACUCUGCUUGUGUAUGUUUGGAUCUCCUGGCUCUCUGACCUCUGGACUUGCUUACAGGAAUAAGAUAUCGGAUCACGGACUCAACUUUCUUUGCCCCACCGGAGGUUCUCUGGACUCCCCGCUGUCGGCCUUUUCAGCAGUCGGACCUGUGGUCUAUAAACCGCCUUCUAACCUCUCCUCUGUUCAGCAGCUUUUUCACACACCCCGCAGCGGAUCUCUCCUUGGAAUCCCUCAACCCAGAUUCUGAGACGAUCCUCAUUCAUUCGUUGGAGCAAACUCUGCUGAAACAAACACUUGUGUGAACCCAGCAGAUUGAUAGGUGGACAUAAACAGGCAGAGAAAGAGAAAAGAUGGCAGAAGCCCCAAAGAUUGAGCUCUUUGUCAAGGCCAGUGUUGAUGCUGAAAGUGUUGGAAACUGCCCUUUCUGUCAGAGGCUCUUCAUGAUUCUUUGGUUGAAGGGGGUCAAUUUUACCCUCACCACUGUGGACAUGAAAAGGGCACCAGAUGUGCUUAAAGCUUUGGCUCCAGGCUCUCAGCCACCUUUUCUCAUCUACAAUGGAGAUGUGAAAACAGACACUAACAAGAUCGAGGAGUUCCUGGAGGAGAACUUAGCCCCACCUCAGUAUCCAAAAUUGUGCUGUCGCUACAAAGAGUCUAAUGGUGCUGGAGAAGACAUCUUCAGAAAAUUUUCAGCAUACAUCAAGAAUCCCAAUCCUGGGUUGAAUGACAUGCUAGAGAAGAAAUUUCUGUCAACUCUGGUGAAGCUGAACAUGUACCUUGAGACACCUCUCCCUCAUGAACUGGACCAGAACCCAAACGCCAAUGACUCCCCACGCCUGUACCUGGAUGGUGACACCUUCACCUUGGCAGACUGCAACUUGCUACCCAAACUCAAUAUUGUAAAGGUGGUGUGUAAGGAGUAUCGCAACUUUGACAUCCCUGCGGAGCUGAAGGGGCUGACGCGUUACCUCACUAAUGCCUAUAAACAAGAUGAGUUUCGCUACACCUGCCCAAAUGACUCAGAGAUUCUCAUUGCCUACCACUCUGUGGCCAAGUACUUGAACAAAUAGAUCUAGGCUGGGUAAAAGAUGAUGCUGCAUAAGCAAAAACAAAGAACAUAAUGCAGUGAACAUGAACAAAUGGUAACAGAGCGGCAUGAACUGUAUUAUUUUUAAUGGCUCACCACCACAUGAACUGUAUAUGAUAGAAAUGUAUCAAAAUGAUCUGAGUUGGGAUGAUAAAAAUGUUUAAAGUUCCAUGUUUAAUUAUUUCUUCAAACUGCAAGCUGUUUUGUAUAUAGACUGCCUAUUAAUUGUAGUAGUGCAGCAUUUUUUUAGCCCCUCCAGACUAACUUUAAAUUCAAAUUAAACAUUUGUGUUAUAUCCCACUGUGUGUGUUUGUAUUCAAAGCAAUGAUUAUGAUAAUAGCAUAAAUGAAUCAAUUAAUUCAAUCUGAUAUCAGAUUUUUUCCCAUGUUGUAAUAAAUUCUGAUAUUCCA